AUGGCGAUAAAUGUGGUUUACAGGUUGAGUUCACAGAUAACUGGGCUAGUGAUAGAUCUUGAUGCUCUUUUCAAGGGUAGAUUGUGUUGCUUCCCCAAGGAUCCGCUGGAGGAUGUUGAGACUUGGGGUGAGUCUGUGGACAAAGUUCUCAGUUGUAAAGCUGGACAGAUAGCUUUCCGGCAGUUCCUGAAGUCCGAGUACAGUGAGGAGAACAUCUUGUUUUGGAUCGCCUGUGAGGAGUACAAAAAAAUCAAGUCAGCCCCCGAGAUGAUCUCAUCUGCCAACAGGAUCUACUCAGAGUUUGUCCAAACAGAAGCACCCAAACAGAUCAACAUAGAUUGCGGUACCAGAGAAAACAUAACAAAGAACAUCUCCCAGCCGACCCUGACUUCGUUUGAUUCAGCACAGAAGCUCAUCUACAGUCUGAUGGCCAGGGAUUGCUACCCGCGGUUCCUAAAAUCCGACAUCUAUCAGGGACUCCUGAGGCGAGGCGAUUCAAGGUGACUGUUUUAAAACUGACAGCCUCUCACCAAAGGCCCAUGAAAAAAAAAAAACAUCUCUCCAUCUCUGAUCUGCUGUAGCACGCUUUGAUUUCAGUAUGGAUAACGGGUUCAUGCCAGACAAUCCAGCUCCUAUGUGUAGCAGCAAUAGUUUUUCUCAACCUGUGUGAUUCCGUAGACAGAUACAGCUCAGAGAAUGUUUGGUUUGUAUUAUACUGUAUCUCUUAAAUUAUAUGAAGUUUUGAAAAUAGUCUCCAAGGACAUUGUGCACAUAAUGUAUCCCUGAUGAUCUACUUUCUCCUUUCCCCCCAUGAGGUUGAUAAUAAAAAAGAAAUCCUUUUAUUGUAAAGUAUUAUCACCAACUCAUUCUAAUUGAUUAUGCAAAUGAUUCAACCUUUCAUGCUGUGACAAACAUAGCUUUGAUGCAAAUAAAUAUGUGAGUGCCUUGUUACACUUCCUUA